AUGCCCCCCCGAAAGCUGCAAAUUGGAGUCGCGGGUCUCGGCCGUAUGGGCAAGCGACAUGCCCUCAACUUUCACCAGAACGUGCCCCGGGCCACCCUCGUGGCUGUCAGCAGUCCAGACGUGGCCGAGCGUCAAUGGGCGACUGAGAACCUCGCUCCCCAUGGCGUAUCUGUUUACGAGAACUAUGCCGACAUGAUAGCUCACCAGGGUCUGGAUGCUAUCUGUGUUGCCUCUGCUACCGCAGUUCACGCCGAGCAAGCAAACGCUGCAAUUGCUGCAGGCAAACAUGUCCUCUGUGAGAAGCCUCUCGGGACUACGGUUGAAGUUUCUCAAUCUGUUGUUGACGCUGCCGCCGCCCGUCCCGAUCUAAAGGUCAUGUGUGGCUUUUCUCGCCGAUUUGAUUCCUCCUACCGCGAUGCCUACCAGAAGAUGCAGUCAGGGUUGAUUGGGCGUCCAUCUGUCCUUCGAAGCCAGACCUGUGACGUUCUAGACCCUUCAGGCUUCUUUGUUGCCUACGCGCAGUUUUCAGGCGGCAUAUUUGUGGAUUGCAGCAUCCACGACAUUGAUCUAGCCUUGUGGUUCUUUGGUGAGGACUCAAAGGUUAAAUCAGUCCACGCCGUGGGCAUCACGGCUGUUGAACCAGAUCUUCGACAGUAUAAUGACCGUGAUAAUGCUGUUGGUGUGGUUGAGUUCUACGACGGCCGGAUCGCGUACCUAUAUGCGUCCCGCAUGAUGGCAGCCGGCCAAGAAGACUCAACAGAGAUUAUUGGCACCAAAGGCAAACUGACUGUCAACAUCGUGCCGACUGAUAACCAUGUGCGGAUCUACGAGCCGGGGGGUAUUCGACACGAGGUUCCGCAGAACUAUUGGGGUCGUUUCCGUGCUGCCUUUACGACCGAGGCCAUUGAGUUUACAGAUUGUGUGUUGGAUGGCAAGUCAGUACCUGUUAGUUUGACGACAGCAGUUACAGCAGUACGGAUCGGCGCGGCGCUGCAACAGUCAAUGAUUACUGGGCAUAAGAUUUCUUUUGACAGGAAUGGUGAUCAGCUCCAGAUGGCUAGGCUGUGA